GUCGUGCGCGAGAACAUGCCGUGAGGACUAGGAAGUACUGUUUACUCACUACAUUCAAGAAACAUUCUCAUUUCUAAGGCUUAUCCUCGUUGGUUGACGCGGAGAGUGAAAUUUAACACAGAGAGUUUAUGUCAACAUGGACUGCAAGUUGCUGCAAACACAGUUAUUGGUGUUCUAAGCCAACUGGACUUAAAAGGGAUUUUAAUUCACAUUACUGACAUUAAACGCAUGAUUGAUUUUUCCACCUGAGAAGACUUUGUGUGGUAUGUGGGUGACCCACGAGAGGAUCGAUUGUAUGGCGAUUUAGGUGAAGUGAAAGCGUGAAUGUGCUCUUUCACAGCCCGUGCAAACAACCAGUAUUCAUAAACCUGUCGAGCUGUGGGACACGGUCGAGUGUACAUUCGUCGGCUCGACGGAGGGUCGGUACCCUGGUUAACACACUUACAGCGGGGUGCGAGCGUUCACGGAGACCGGCGACUCUUUCCAUAUUUGGAAACCAGUUGGACAGGUAUGCAAACGGCAGAAGUGGGGAACAAAAAUAGACGUCAGGCCUGUAUGUAUUGAAGUAGGUCGGCUCGAGUCGAGCCAGGCCAACUGUCAGCACUGUGUAUGUAUUUGUCAUCGUGCCUCGGUAUAACUGACAGGCCUACAUGGAACUUACCUGGCCUGAAGAGCACCAAAGAGAAAAUGGCGGCCAGCGGUGACUCGCCUGUGAUAGCCCUUCCCACACCGGAAUGGGGCACAGAACCUGUGUCCCUCAAGGAGCUGGCCUCGAGCUCCGAUAUUCCCAAUGUCGUCCGAAUUGUGAAGGGCCAUUACAUGACGAUAGGAACGGCUAAGUUCCCUCUGACACGGUCACAUCAGGAUGUCUUUAUACAUUCCGUCAAGUCCAGCUACAAAGUUUUCGCCCACAGCGUUAAAAUUCGCAAUGGGGGUCGAUCGGGUCGAUUUCCGUAUUCUCUGGUGCCUCUGGAACAACGAAUGUCCAUACCGGUCACUUACCAGGGCUGGUUUGAGAUUCUUUCCGAGGACGGCAAGUCGGCCAAACCUAUUGAGAGCAUUCACGAAUUGGCAAAGAUAUUCCCUGAGAAAUGUUUGGUCAGACAAGGCAUAAAAGCGUAUUUAGCGAACAGUGAAGGCAAAGUUGACAGGGAGAGACACAGAACCGUGGUCACGGGAGAGCUACUCAAACUUUCUGGAGAGGUCAUAAUACCCGCACAAACCUCCAAGUCACCGAACGGUAAGCUUAAACUAUUGAGAUGUAUAGAUUCCAAGGGUGAAAGUGUAUACUUUGCCUUUGACCAACGAGGACUGUUUGCCCCACUGGCUAAACGUGAUGGUAUUUCCGGUGUUCACACCAUCAAAGACUUACUAGCUAAAUUUAGACCGCCAUUGACAGUGAAACUAAUUCAAGGCGUGUUUCCGAAAGUUGACAAGAGUCGGUUUAAUGGUGUUGUAAGGUUAGACUGGGUUUAUCAAGACGAUACCGCCUUCGUCUGCCCUAUAACCAAGGAAUCCAACCUUCGGAUGCUUCCGGUACCAACUGAUUGUCCGCUAAAACUUGUGACUGCAACAAAUAUCCAGCAAAUAAAGGAAUCUGAUGUCUACAAAAAGGUUAUGAUUCGCUGCAAUAGAAUGAUAGCCAAUUACAACAAUACGAUACAUUUGAUUAUGGCUGUUCCGGAAGUGGUGAUGCGUUCUAGGCGCAAUUCGCAGAUGGCGCACCAGAUGUACCGGCAGUCAUUACCUGGUGCUGGGCGCGCUACUCCUAGUGGCCGGAUGAAGCGAUCCAAAAGCAAAGAGGACAUGCUGAUGGACGAGAUUGACGAUUUGUAUCAGUAUGUAAGGGAUGGAGGGGAUCCGCCCAAAACAAAGUUCACCUACGAUUCCGAUGAGGAGAGUUACUGGGAAGAACCGGAGUACGAAACUCUGGACGAUUUCAGAGCAAGACUUGCAGCCAUAGACACAGGUGCACAGGUUCCUCCACCGCUGAAAUAUAAACCACUAGACACGGCGGAGAUUCCCCUGAAUGGUGAAGAUAAUAGAAUGAGCAAUAAUCCUACCCCUCGUACCCCUCCCACCCCACCACCGCGACGGUACAGUCUUCCCGCUCCAGAGAUCUCCAAACAGCUGGACUCGUCGCAGAAGAACGAGUCACCAAAAAUGAACGGAGUUCAUAGUUCACAGAAUGGUACCAGUAGUGCUAGUCCCGAAGCUGUGCUGAGCAUAGACGGCCUACCCAAGGGCUGUUCUUCUACAGACCCUCCUCCUCCACUUCCAAACAAAGCGUACCAAAGAUCCGGCUCUAUUCCCGCCCUUCUCAUUCGCAAAACCUCCGUGGAUAUGUUGACACCUGGGAAGCAGAUAAAUCACAGCACCCCGGUCAAAGGACGGAUGCAGCGAAGUAAAUCACGUGAUACGAUAGGGACAACGGACUCAAACAGCGGCAGUAGUGGUGGCCGGAUCGGAAGAGACUGGGUGGACCUAUCUGACCGGAGUGUCCGGAGCAGAGACACCCGAUCGUCCGGUUCCAACGGCAAAAGGAAAAUGCAGCGCAAGAUGCAGCAAUUGUAUUUAUGACAUCUUCCCUUGUGUGGCAUACUUUUAGCUGCAGGUGAAAACUUAGCAGCCAUCUCGCAAUACUCGUGCACUACAUAUGUACAGACUUCACAUCAGUGAAUCUCACAAACUGCCUAACCCAAUAUUCCAUUCCUCGGAUUUACGUGCGUCCUUUGGUGUAAUAUUUAUAUAUAUUUUUUUAUAUCGCCGUGAAUUACAAGGUUUGUCGUCUCAUAUACAUACAUGUACAUAUAGUACACAUUGGAUAUAUCUGAACUGGUCAUGACAUUAAAUUAUUGUGAAAACUCGGAGUAUGUGAUAUACAGAGAUCAUAUGGAGUUUUCUCGAAAACUAUAUCUUUACAAUAACAAUUAACUGCUGUUAUAGGCCCAUAUAUGCCACUAACCCGUCAGGUUUGGGAAAGCCUCACCGUUUGUACAGACGUGUGCUUAUCUUCAACAUAUUUCAGUUACAAAGUGAAGUAAAAUCGAAUCCUCCAUUUGAAAAGCAAUAUGUUUGUUGGCUGAGCCAACUAUUUCCAGAAUUAUCUGUCACUGUUCGUUGUUGAUUUGUAACCUACACUAAAAGGAAAACAGUGUAUAUGCUUUGGAUGAUACAUUGGUUUCAACAGGCUGAUUUCAGUGCACUCUCUAAAUGAACGAGGAUAAGCUUUUGUUGAUAAUACGCCAUUUUGGCUUUACUCUGAGAACCUAGCAUAACUUACAUCUACUUAUGACGGGGAGAUCCGAAAACCUGGUAGAUGUCUAAACUCGCAUAAUCGAGAUUGGCUUAGCCGCGAUAUGUUGUAACUUGUGGAGCAGUGAAACGUAGGCCUAGGGCAACACAUUCCUAAAUAUACCUUAGAGAACAAUUGAGACAAACUGUGAUACACAAUCAAGACUUCAUUUAGAGUGACCUCCGAUUUUCCUCCGAAAAAGAUGUUGUUAUAAACCAGGCUUUUUCCCUUUAGCCGGCAACGUCAAUAUGCCUUUAACGGGUAUAUAAAUAGACGGGAUAAGUCGUGUUCAGUCAAAAACACAAUGUCCGUAAUUGUUAUUUAUCUAUAACAGACAUGUGAUUGCUCUAUAGCUUUGUUGUUAAUGAAACAUUUACAAUAUUUAAGUAAACCUAUUUAUUUAAUGAUAUAACAAGAGCUCAUUGUUUGGUUUUCUUUG